AUGCUUGCGUUCCGAUAAGCACGAAACAGUCACAGCAAUAAGAAAAUUAGGAGAAGAACACCGAGACGGUGGUAUACGGCGUGGCAACACGUCUAUUGCGAUUCGUACGUGAGCCAGCGGUGCGUGUAUCGCGAUGUGUGUGUAUGUGACCAGAAAUACGCGUCGAGACGUAUUCGCUUCAGCAGUCGAUCGCGACGCGAGCGGAGGAACCUGCUCAGGUGUGCCUUCUCGCGUUUUCCUCGUGCGCACAGAGUGCAAUGCGAACAGCGGGACCGAGCGUCUCGAAAACACGUGUCAUUCACGUCGAUUUCUCUUAACUGGAAAUUACUAGUGCCGAUCACCGCUGGAUACUGAAGAGGAACCGAUGCACCGACCUCGCGCGAACAUGUCGCACAGCAGACUCAAACCGUUGAUUCUCACGGUCUUCGUGAUAAUACUGGUUAUCGGACUCGUAGUGGCUCAAAGGGAUACGCGGUUAGUUCCCGCUGUGGAUAGUUCCGGCCGUAGCAACGAGUUAUCGAAAUCGUUGGAGCUAGCCAAAAAGAUCAAUUCCAUGGAUUCGAUCGAUGAGUUUCUCAAUCUUGUUCAUGGCGUGCCUGUGUACCAACAGAGGUUCGGCUUAUUUGGUAGGAUAGGAGAUACGGAAGAGCGCUCGAACGCCAUGCAACCAGUUCCAGCAAAAUGUAUGCCCGAAUUGCAACCAGUUUCUCUAAAACCAGACGACGAUCCAUCCGCAAUCUAUUUCCCGUCUUGCACGCGCAUCAAAAGAUGCGGAGGUUGUUGCAGUCAUUCGUUGCUUUCCUGUCAACCGAUCGCCACGGAAUUUCGAAAUUUCGAGGUAUUUGUGGUGGCAGUAGAUCAGACGAACGGACUGAGCUAUAAGGACAAACGCAUCGUGCCGCUAGAAGAGCACACGAAAUGCGUGUGCGACUGCAGAAUUAAGGCGGAGCAUUGCAACGAAAAGCAAUCGUACGUGAAGGAAGAAUGUAGAUGCGCGUGCAAUAACGUCGAUGAGGCGGAGAAAUGCUACACGAACAACGACACGAAAGUCUGGAAUCCAGAGCUUUGUACCUGUUUCUGUAGAGACGAGUUGGAGUGUUCCACUGGAUUUUACUUCGAUCAAAACACGUGCAGAUGUCGACAAGUACCAUUGUCUAGAACUUGGUUUCCAGUCACAAAAGGCACAGACUACAGAUUUGGACAAACACAAAAACCAGACAAUACACCUCCUGUUAUAGUUCCAUUGGAUGCAACGGAUCCUAGGAGACGUCCUAAAGAGGACCCAGAACGUUAAUAAAGAUGGAAACUAGUAGACUAAAUCAAAGGGCUCGCAAGGCAGCUACUUUUCAAUGGAAUAUGCUUACAGCUCGACCUUCCACCUCCGUGCCAUUUUAUUACAACAGAGACCAUGUAAUUAUAGUAUUUGUGAGAUAGUAUUAAUUCAAUAUUCCAGGAUUAAGUCAAUAUAUUUUUACAUAUUAAAUGACUUUGUGAUAUAAGGAAACAUAAUUAUUUAAACGAUAUCACUGUAUAAAUCUACACUUACAAACA